UUAGUUUCUCUGUCUAUGUUGGAAUUCUUUGGCCACACUCUUGCCCAACAAGAUGCACAAACAACCCAGUGGGGCCUACACCAAUCGCAGACUUAGUUUAUUUUUCUGUCCAUUUGUCAAGUGAAGAAUCGCAGACUCCUUCUCCCCUCAAUGUACACAUUUUCAACCAUCGAACGUGUCCUAUGAAACCAAACCCCGUGUUCCACCCCUCUUCAUUCAUCACCUUUGUUUUUUGCUUGGUUUUUGGUGUGGUUGGUUUUUUUCUCUUUCUCUCUCUCUCUGCAAUGGUGUCAAAUGAAAAUAAAACGGCACCCUUUUGUUGAAAGAUUGUAAAAACUCAAUCUUUGGAAUCAUUACAUGCGGUGGUGGUUGGUUUCUGAUUUUCCUCCCCCCAUGUGCUGACUUGGCUUUCUUCUUCUCCUUGCUUUGCUUUGUUUUCUCUGUCUAUUCGGGUCUAUUGGCUCUCCUCUUUCUCUGGUUCUGGUUUUGGGGUUGAAAAGCUCAGCUUUUGAGGAUUGAAAGAGUCCUCUUCUGCCUUACUGCUACUGGGUUUGUGUUCAUUUCGUUGAGGUGUUCUUGGCCCUUCUCGGAUCCAGCUUUAUCUGGUCAUUGAUUGUAUUAUAUAAUAAAUGUGAUGAUGAUGAUGACAGAAGGGUCGAACUAUUAACCCUGCAUAGUAGAGGUAGAGAAGAUGGAAAACACAGGCCUAUGGAUUCAGAAAGAGGGUCACAGAAGAAAAUGUUCAUUGCUUGGUAUAUUGAAUGAUAGGGAAAUGUCAGAGGAAGACUCUUCAAAAACACAGUUAAAGAAGUUGAUUAAAAGAUCAAACUCUCAACGGGCAAUAGCUGCAAAUGCAAUCCAAUCACGAAUUAGCAAAUUUUUCUUCAAAGAUUUGUUCUUUCGACGAGUCCAUGGAUUGGACAGUAGGAUCCCAAAGCAUGUGGUGAGUGUGGACGAGAAAUAUGUCCGACGCUGCCUUGAAUUUAUACACAACACUGCAUUAAGAGCCACAAACAUGGAGACUUUAUCAGAAAGCUUGAACACAGCGAAAUUUUUUGGUGGUUCAGGGCAUUUUGUCUUUGAAUGUCCUAUGGCUAGGGAAACUGGGAGAGUGGUUAUAGGUGCUGAUACUGGGGAUCGGUGGACUUUAGGUACAAUAAUGGGAACCAAGAGUAUGAUAAAUAUAUUGAAUAGCACACUUCUUCAGCAAUUUGGUGCUGCACAUAGAAGCGACAAUUUGAACAGGAUGAACUUCUCUGAUCCUGAAGGAUUGGUAUGCUAUGAUUUCAUGGACUCUCCUACUGAUUUACCCAUCACUUCGUUGUAUAAAUUAGAAAAGGAAAAACCAAGUCAUAAGUAUGGUUCCAUUUCUGUUCAUAAAAGGCUUGUUUCCACUUCCAGCACAACCUCUACUUGUUCUGAUCGGUUAUCUUCAGCUUCUUCUACUCUAUCUCAGGGAAUGAUCCAAUGUACAUGGAAGCACGGGAUUCCUCAUUUUGUUUUUUCUGCAGAUGAUCAGAAGGAGGUCUAUGUAGCAAGAUCGAUGAAGGUAAACUCGGCAGAUAACAAGGCUUUGGACAAUGUGUACGAGUUUCAUUUGAACAAGGGUGGCCAAAAGGGUCACCAGAUUCCCGACAGUGAUUUGCCAUAUGUUGGGAAGAUGCAUGUAUCAACAAGUUUCACCCUUUGCCCGAACAAUUGUAGAAUAAGGGAGACAGAGUUUACGUUGUUCCUUAAGGUUGAAGUUAACGACAGAGAAAUGUCCACCUCAGAGCAUGGUCACAGGAAGAACAAGGGGCUGUCGAAGAAGAUGUCACAAGUUUUUAGAACUAGUCCAUCAUCAAAACGCAGAACAGUCUCAAAGUUUGGUGGGUCAAGUUCCAUGACUGAGAGUUGUCCGUGGGAGCCUAAUGCUCUUGGUGGGGCCAAUUUAUCGGAGACCGACACCGCGAAUUGUGAGAUGGCUGCCAUUGUUGUGAAAAGCCAUGUUCCUUGUAAACGAGCAGAGAAAGUAAGAGGGGGUUGGGGUUUAAAGUUUCUUAACAAAUCUGGUGGAGAUCAAGUGACAGUGGCUUCUGAAAGUUGUGAUAAAAAUAAUGGAGAGUGUUCAACUAGCAUGAGCAUUUUGAUUCCAGCAGGCUUUCAUGGUGGGCCAAGAACCAGAAAUGGUGGGCCAUCCAGUCUGAUAGAGAGAUGGAGAUCUGGUGGCCACUGUGACUGUGGUGGUUGGGAUGAAGGGUGCCCUCUCACAGUACUUGAGAGAAGAUCCAACAAAGCCGAGGUUUUGUCUAAAAUAGAUACACAAUACGAGUGCAAGUCAGUUGAUUUGGUUACUCAGGGUUCAAACGAUUUCGGCCCCACCUUGAGGAUGGUAAAUGUUCAUGAUGGUUUGUAUUAUAUUCAUUUUCAUCCACCUCUGUCUGCACUACAGUCUUUCUCCAUUGCUGUGGCAAUAAUUCAUGCUCAAAGUCCUACACUUCAACCAAAUCUUGCACAGGAGCUGUCAUAACUAAAGUUAGAUACGUGGUAAUUUAGCAGUGAUCAUUAUUCUCUUACUGUAUUAUAAGAGGUGAAGAGAAGAUUUAGAGGAUUUAAUAUAUACAUCAAUCAGGUUUUCAUUAUAUGUGUAGGGUUGUAAUUUUAAUACAAUCAGAUGUUAUCUUAUUUAGGAGAUUAGUUCUGUUUGUCUUCUUUUCUCACAAUUCAUAGUUUGUAACCAUCUUUCUCCUCAUUCUUUUUGUUGAAGAGGAUUGAUUGUAAAAGGGUUGUUGCAGAAUAUUGGUAAAUUAUAGCAUUGAGAUUGAGCUUGUUAUAGUUGUUAAUGAGAAGGAAAUAUCCAAUUUUUACUCAUAUAAA